GGUCAAUAUGGCUACCAUGAGCUAGCUUGUUUUGAAGCGGGUCUGUCAGUAUAGCCAUCUACCUGAACUGCAUCUUUGCUCUAUAUCUUCAAACACCCGGGGGCAAACGCUGAAUCGAUUCAGGUUGAAGGGAGCAGGUUAUCCGAGAAUACCUCGAUGGUUGUCAUUUGAGGUUGACACUGAAAUCCGUCGGUUCUGCUAGUUUGUGAUCAUCACCAGUCUGUCAUUUAGAAAAUUAAAAUAAUUACUUGAUGUACUGUAAUACUUUUAUCAAUAUUUUUGAGGAAAUGUUUUUUUGGUGAUGUUAACAGGACCUAUGUUCUGCAGUCUACAUGUGCAUGCAUACUGUAGUUUUUAAGCGAACAGUUGUCUUUUUUUGAAUAUAACGUAUAAUUGUGGCAGUUAUUUGAAGUUCGGUUUAUCUAAUUGCUGCUCAGGGGCGAUUUUUUCCCCCAAAUCACUUGACGUUUUUCGUUUCUUCCACCGCACAACAGUGUGUCACCUGUGGAGAAACUGAAAGAACAUUUUUUCUUUACCUAGUACUUAACAUGAGUUAACUCAUCAAAGAUCAAAGCUUCUGUCAAGUAACUAACUCGGAGAGUUUACUUGGUGAAUUUACAUUUUAUUAAGUAUUUUUAUUUUAUUUUUCAAAAACCUUAGAAGAUAUAUUAUCUGAAACGGGUAAGAAAACGAAAGUCCUUACGGAGAAAUUAACAUCGUAGCAUUAAAACAGCUGAAUUGGUGACGAAAAGGAAAGGCUACACGUUUUUUUUAUUUCUUUUUGUUUGCGAAUUGCGAAUUUUGCGAAAAUGAAUACGGAAAAGGAUUUCUCACCUUUGACUCCCAACAUCGUACGAGCCCUCAACGAUAAACUGUACGAAAAGAGGAAGGUGGCUGCCCUGGAGAUCGAGAAGCUGGUGCGGGAGUUUGUGUUGCAGAACAACUCCACCCAGAUCAGGCAUGUCAUCCAGAUCUUGGCUGCAGAGUUUGCCCUGUCUCAGCACCCUCACAGCCGGAAAGGUGGGCUCAUCGGGCUGGCAGCCUGCUCGAUUGCACUGGGGAAGGACUCUGGGCUGUAUCUGAAGGAGCUGAUCGAGCCUGUCCUCACCUGCUUCAAUGACUCUGACAGCCGGCUGCGAUACUACGCCUGCGAGGCCCUCUAUAACAUUGUGAAGGUUGCGCGGGGAGCAGUUCUGCCUCACUUUAAUGUGCUGUUCGACGGUCUCAGCAAGCUAGCAGCAGAUCCAGAUCCUAAUGUGAAGAGUGGUUCAGAGCUCCUGGAUCGUCUUUUGAAGGACAUUGUGACCGAGAGCAACAAGUUUGACUUGGUGGCCUUUGUUCCUCUUCUGAGGGAGAGAAUAUAUUCCAACAACCAGUAUGCCCGCCAGUUCAUAAUCUCUUGGAUCCUUGUUCUGGAGUCGGUUCCAGACAUCAACCUGCUGGAUUACCUGCCUGAGAUCUUGGAUGGGCUCUUCCAAAUCCUGGGGGACAGCAGCAAGGAGAUUCGCAGGACUUGCGAGGUGGUUUUGGGGGAAUUCCUCAAGGAGAUCAAGAAAACACCAUCCAGUGUCAAAUUUGCUGAUAUGGCCAACAUCCUAGUCAUCCACUGCCAGGUGUCAGAUGAGUCCAAACUGACGAAUGAUCUAAUCCAGCUCACGGCCAUGACAUGGAUGCGUGAGUUUAUCCAGCUCGCCGGGCGUGUAGUGCUGCCCUACUCCUCUGGCAUCCUGACGGCUGUGCUUCCCUGUCUAUCCUAUGAUGACCGCAAGAAGAGCACCAAAGAGGCUGCCAGCGCCUGCAACCAGAGCCUGAUGAAGCUGGUGACUCCAGAAGAUGAUGACGAGGAGGAGGUGGUCCAGCCAGGUGACAGCCAGCUGCAGGAGGACUCUCUGCCCAAGGUGCAGGACAGCCUGGACAAUUCACUUAAUGCUUCACAAGACUCUGUGGGCUUCAGCACUAUCAGCUUCUUUGCUUCUACAAAUAAUGACCGGCCCCAGGUGACCAUGGACCUGGAUGGUAUAGUGCAGGUCCUGGACAGGCACCUCCACGAGUCCUCGACUGGCAUGAUGACCCGCAUCGCGGUGCUCAAAUGGCUCUACCACCUGUACAUCAAGACCCCGCGUAAGAUGUUCCGCCACACUGACAGCCUCUUCCCCAUGCUGCUCAAGACUCUCUCUGAUGAAUCAGAUGAGGUCAUUCUCAAGGACCUGGAGGUUCUGGCUGAGAUCGCCUCCUCCCCCGCUGGUCAGACAGACGCUCCAGGGUCAUGUGACAAUGCCGAGAGCAAAGCAGAGCUCCAGGUCCCUGCAUCAGCCAAGCCCGUCCAGCCAGGUGUGGGUUCGAAAGGUACAGAUUGUUCCCCCUCCACCCCCAGCAUGAACUCUUACUUCUACAAGUUCAUGAUCAACCUGCUCAACAGAUUCAGCAUGGAGAGGAAACUACUGGAGAUCAGGGGUGCCUUCAUUAUCAGGCAGCUGUGCCUCCUCUUGAAUGCAGAGAAUAUUUUUCACUCCAUGGCUGACAUCCUUCUGAAAGAAGAAGACCUCAAGUUUGCAUCCACUAUGGUCCAGACCCUCAACACUAUCCUUCUAACCUCCGCUGAACUCUUCCAGCUGCGCAACCAGCUCAAGGACCUUCACACACAGGAGAGCUGCACCCUGUUCUGCUGUCUGUACCGAUCCUGGUGUCACAACCCCGUUGCUACCGUCUCCCUCUGCUUCCUGACACAAAACUACAAGCACGCCUAUGAUCUCAUCCAGAAGUUCGGAGACCUGGAAGUGACAGUGGACUUCCUGAUGGAAGUGGACAAACUGGUGCAGCUCAUCGAGAGCCCCAUCUUUACAUACCUGCGGCUGCAGCUCCUGGAUGUGGAGAACAACCCCUACCUGAUCAAGGCUCUGUAUGGCCUCCUCAUGCUCCUGCCACAGAGCCAUGCGUUCCAGCUGCUAUCCCACCGUCUGCGCUGUGUACCCAACCCAGAGCUCAUGCGAGCUGCGCCCCAGACAAGACCUUCGGGUUCAGUGAGACCUGCCCCAUGUCACGUUGACUACGGAGAGCUGCUGGAGCACUUCGACAGAGUCCAGAGCAAACACCUGGAGGUUCGCCAUCAGAGGGCUGUGCGAGCAGAGCAGCCGGACAGGAAGCUGGUGCUGUGAUGGGAGCCCACAGCAACAUCGCCAUGCCCCCCAUCCAUCCCAAGGGCCAUCACAGCUGGAGGGGACGAGACUGGGCUGUGCUCAGGAUCUUAAGACUGGCUGAAUAAACUGGACACUUUUUUUUUGGACCAAAACCUAAUCAUUUAUCUUAUUUUAAAAUAUAACAAUAGGUAUGAAGAAAGUAAAGUCUUUUUUAUACUAGAUGUUUGUUUUUAGUGCUUGUAGUGAAGUUGUAGUUCUGCAGAGGUGACACUGGGGUGUGUGCAAACUUCAGAGUGCAGCGAAUACUCUUCAGCGUUGGGGUUUUGCUCCGCACUCUGCUUUCAGAUGGUGUCAAAUCAUGUGCUAAUCGGGGAUCAGCUUGAUCCGUUCUCCGGCCGAGCUUCUCUUACUCCUCAAUGGAAAGAAAAAAGAUUGGCAAAGCUUACAUUUUGGAGAUGGGAGUUCUGCAAUUGAAUUGUGUAACUUAUCUUACACAGCCUGUUAUCUUUCUGAUAAGCCAUUGGGUUGUCAGAGUCUUCUUACAAUCAAGCGUGCAUUGUUUCAUGCUCACUUGUAACAAAAACAUAAUCAGGACAUGGCGUAGCUGAAAGAGACUUCUCACAUUCAGAUCCCCACGGGUAAAAUGAGAAAAAGGAGCAAUUUCCUUUUAUAAAUAUUCCAGUAGCGUAACAGUCUUUGCCGCUUCGGUUCACAGGAACGUGGCAAGGACUGUCGCUCUGCAAAUUCAAGUUGUACCGCAGAAGCUCGCUGCUGGAACAGUACCUCUUUAUGUCUUCUCACUCUUCUCCCACCUCCACACCUCUCUCUCUCUCUCUUCCUUUGCUCUACUUUUGUGCUUUCCUUCUCCUUUUGUUCCCUUUCCUCACCUUUUCCGUCCCGGAAACCAUUUCUCCAGCGUGCCGUCUCAGAACAGCCUGAUCGCCUUGUGAAAGAGACCUCCCUCUGCCGAAGAGAGCAGCUUGAAAUAAAAAGUGACCCUGGCGUUACCACUUUAUCGAGA